AGACACGAAAAGGAUCCAUCCAAAAUUUUCCCAAUUCUCGAUCUGAAAGCCCUCGAUCAUCGAUCCUCGUCUCCAAUGGCGGGCCUCUCGCUCCGCUGCGGCGACUGCGGGGCACUGCUGAAGAGCGUCGAGGAGGCGCAGGAGCACGCCGAGCUUACCUCCCACACUGACUUCUCUGAAUCCACCGAAGCCGUUCUCAAUCUUAUCUGUUCCACCUGCGCGAAGCCUUGCCGAUCGAAGACGGAGAUGGAUUUGCACACUAAGAGGACUGGGCAUGCUGAGUUCACUGAUAAGACUUCAGAGACGGCAAAGCCGAUUGAUUUGGAGAAUGCGACGAAAUCUCAUGGUGGGACUGAGGAGAGUGCUUUAGAGGGUGAGAGUAGCCAGUCUGAGGAGAUGGUUGUUCCGGAGGUUGAUCAAAAGAUUCUUGAGGAGCUUGAAUCGAUGGGAUUUCCAAAGGCCAGAGCAACAAGAGCACUGCAUUAUUCUGGUAAUAGCGGUAUUGAGGCUGCCAUUAAUUGGGUCGCAGAACAUGAAGAUGACCCAGAUAUUGAUCAAAUGCCCUUGGUGUCUAUCAAAGCCCAAAGUGAAGCUGACAAACAAUCUUUGACUCCAGAAGAACUCAAGAUGAAAGCACAAGAACUACGGGAACGUGCUCGCAAAAAGAAAGAGGAGGAAGAAAGAAGAAUGGAAAGGGAAAGAGAAAAGGAGAGAAUACGUAUUGGCAAAGAGCUCCUUGAGGCAAAACGCAUUGAGGAAGAGAAUGAAAGAAAACGAUUAUUGAUGCUGCGGAAAGCUGAAAAAGAGGAAGAGAAAAGAGCACGGGAGAAAAUACGCCAGCGACUUGAGGAAGAUAAGGCAGAAAGAAGGCGAAAGCUUGGAUUGCCACCUGAAAACCCAGAAACCCAGAAACCCGCCACACCUCCAGUUGAGGAGAAGAAGAGCUUUUUACCUGUUAAGCCUGUUACAAAAGCGGAGCACAUGAGGGAAUGUUUACGAUCUCUCAAGCAGCAUCACAAGGAUGAGGAUGCCAAAGUAAAGCGAGCUUUUCAAACACUCUUAACGUACGUGGGGAACGUAGCAAGGAAUCCCGAUGAGGAGAAAUUCAGGAAGAUCAGACUUAAUAACCCAUCCUUUCAGGAUAGAGUUGGACGCUUGCAAGGAGGCGUUGAGUUUCUUGAAAUUUGUGGGUUUGCGAAGCUUGAAGAAGGCGAUGAGUUUUUGUUCUUGGCAAGGGACAAGGUGGACAUGGCAGUUUUGAACACAGCUGGAUCAGAAUUGAAUUCUGCCAUAAACAAUCCCUUCUUUGGAGUUCUUUGAAUGGAAUUUGCUUUUUCUUUACCCUGUGUUUUCCUUGACUAGUAUGAAUUUAUUGUUAGAUGGAUCACAGGGAAAGAACAGAUACAAAACAAAUACAUAAAUUUCUGGUUCUGUGGUUUAUAUUUUUAAAGAAAUGAUUUCUUGCUUCUGUUCAAGGACA